AUGGCGACUACAGCAACUCGAGUCGGUUAUAGCAAAGAACAGCAUGCCCACCAGACGGACGGAUACGGGCGAUAUAUCGACACACCCUUUGCUACUCUCGAGCACCAGCUUCAUGCCGCUGCGCUAGGCGACUGCACUGGCAUCACCGUACUUGACCUUGGUGGCGGCCAGGGCCUUCGAGCGCGUCAAGUCGUUGACCUAGGCGCUGCGGCUGUCGAUGUUGUCGACUUAUCCCCCGAGAUGAUGCAGGCCGGCCAGAAGAUCGAGUCGUCACUGGGCAGGGGUGAGGAAGUCAUACACUGGAUCGAGGGGGAUGCGUCCAAGCCCGAAAGCCUGGCGAGCCUGCCUCUGAGGUUCAAGGAGGAAGGCUACGACAUGGUCACGGCGAACUGGCUGUUCGACCACGCCGGGAGCAUGGAUACGCUGGACGGCAUGUUCCGGUCCGUGGUCGCGUACCUGAAGCCCGGGGGCCGCUUCGUCGGCACCCGAGUCAUUCACGGCCACGCCUCCCCGGCUGCAACCACCGGCAAGUACGGCUACAUCUACAAGGACUUCGAGGAGAUCCCCGGGGGUAUGGCGUACCGCUAUACCCUGUACGUCGACCCUCCGGUCAGCUACGACGGCGCGAGCAUGGAGGUGACCUACAACCCGGCUCUGAUCAGCGAGUUUCACGCCAGGUACGGACUGGAGGACACGGAGCUUGAGCCUACCGAGAGUGCGAGCUGUACCCGGGAGGACCCGGAUUACUGGAAGUUGUUUAUCGACCUUCCCAGCAUGGCAGUCGUGAAGGCUAGGAAGAAGAAGGAGUAA